AAAAAAAAUUAGAAAGGAAAGAAAAAAGGAGGAAAUAGUAGGUAAAACUAAUACUUAUCUUGGUUUUAGAACAAUUUGAAAUUUUUAAAUCUUUGUUUUUAAAAGUCUUGCACAAAAACACAAAGUGCAUGUGAUAGGAUAAUCAAAUGCCAGGAGAAACAGGGAUCAUGUGCUUCUUGAUCUUCCUUAUUAGUUAGUCCUGAAAGGACCUGGAGCUUCCUCUUUCACGGUCAGGAUCAAGUCCUCCAGCUUUACCUCGAUCAUUAUUACAUUUCAAAAAGUCACAAGAAUGAAAACUGAUAACUGUUGAGUCAAUUCCUGCCCCCUACUGGUUAAAACGCACAACAUUAUAGAUGCACACACGUUUAGAAAGUCUUUUGAAGCCUCUCCAAAACAACUACAAAUCCUAAAAUAAUCUGUUUAAACAGUUAUAAGUAUUUCUAACUUUUUAAAUACUCCGUAAUACACAUAAAAAGCGAAAAUAGUUAAAUUUUUUAAAAAUGUGAUAAAAUAAUUAAGAAUUUUAUUUAUAUAUUUUCAAGGAAAACUUUGAUAAAUUGAGUGUUUUUCCUAUGGUGCGCUGCAAUAUCAUUCCACAUCUAUUGGUGGCGCUGCGUUGUUUCGGUUACUGUAACCAAGAAGAAGAAAAAGUUGAAAACAGGAAGUGUUUGUAAACAAAUACGUGACGGAUACCAAAUGGGGUUAAGCAGUAUUGUCACACAUUUUUUUUCUCUUUUUGAUGAAAUGAGAGAAAUGUAGCAGAGAGUUGGAGAUGGGGGACAACCAGCGGGAGAAUGUCGGAGAAGGAAACUCGGACUGGAUGUCCCGUCUGCCGGAGGAGCUCCUGGACGUCCCGCUUUGGAACCUGGCUAUUCCUGGGAGUCACGACAGCAUGUCCUUCUGCCUGGACAUGUCCUCCCCGGUGCUCAAGUCGGAGCCCUGGCUUCUCCGGCUGACGGACCGACUCUUCCCCUGCUUGAUCCGACCCUGUAUUUACCGCUGGUCCACCACACAGCAAUCUGUCCUCUGGUAUCAGUGUGAGCUCGGUAUUCGCUACUUGGACCUGCGGAUCGCCAGGAAGCCAGCAGGGGGCAGCAGUUUGUUCUUCGCCCACGGGAUCUACACGCUGAUGAGCGUCAAGGAGGCUCUGGAGGAGCUGGCAUCGUGGCUGGACGCUCAUCCCAAAGAGGUCAUCAUCAUCUCCUGCUCUCACUUUGAAUCUCUGACUGAUGAAGAUCACGUCCAGCUGGUGGACUUCAUCCUCUCGCUCUUCAGCAAGAAGCUCUGUUUGUCACAGGAUACUCCCACGUUGCGUUCCUGUUGGUCUGGAGGUCAGCAGGUCAUUCUCUCCUAUGAUGACCUGCAGAUGGAGUGUCAGCACCGCCAGCUGUGGCCAAAAAUACCUUACUGGUACGCUGACAGCCCAGAUCCAAAGGAAGUGAUCGCUUAUCUGGAGGAAAAGAAACGCCAUGGAAGACCAGGUCAUUUUUACGUCAGCGGUCUGAACCUGACUGAAGACGCUCGCUACAUCCUCCUUCACCCCCUCCAGAACCUGAGGAGGAUGACGGUGGAGGCGCUCUCGCUGCUGCUCCGUUGGACCGCAGAGCAGCGCCCCGGCCCGGGAGUGGGCGGAGUCAACAUCGUGUGCUGUGACUUCGUAGGUUUCAGUAGGUUCUGUUCGAUCGUGAUCGGCCUGAACUUCAAAUUGCUGAAAGCUGCAGCCAGGACUUCUUCUGGUUCCCAGUUACCUCCGGGAUGAGCCGCUUGAACUGGUUCCACUGGUUUAGUUGGGAACAUUAGCGCUCAGUGUUACAGAAAAACAUUUGGAAACAUUUGGAGCAAGUUACCAGAAUCUCCACACUGUUGUGUACAAUUUCUUAUCAAUUAAUUCAUCUUAACCUUUGCUUCACAAUUAUUAUUGAUCACAUUUCAAUCAAUUUAACUGCAAACUGUUACACUUUUAAACACAUUUCUAGUUUGAUAAAUUGUCUGUACAUAUGUGUAAAAAAAAAUUUAAAUCAGCGUUUUCUUCUGUGAAAUCAAAUAUUUUUGUAUGACUGAAUGAACUCAAUACAGUUGGUUGGGCUCAAACAAAUCUGUUUAAGGGUCUUUUUUAUUUUAGUUUUAUACUAAAAGGUUUUAAUUUAAAUAUUCACCAUCUUCUAAUUACUUAUUAGUCAUUCUGUCUAUAUGUCAGCACACAAAUCAGACAUAUCUACUAAAUUACCAAGAACCAGAGAAUUAGAAAAUGUCUAAUUUAUUUGAUUUCCUGAAUAAAUUACGACCAAAAAAGCCAUUUUAUAUCGAAUAAAACUGGUUACAUUAUGUCUUCAA